AUAGUUGGUGAUCACUGAUCAGUAGAGAAUUUUACCUCUACCUAGGUAAUUUUAGCUGUAAUCUCUUAACAAGUUGAACAAUAAUAUCUUAUAUCUUGGGCUGAAAAAAAUUCAAUUGGAACAUUGGAAACAUGAAAUUGUCUAGAUGGACCAAUAUAUUUUAUUGGGCUAGUCUACAGGCCCACUGGUACAGCCCAUCACCAUACAAUCGGUGACUUAAAUCACUCUGAAGUCUCAACUUUCAAUAGGCCAAAAAAAAAAUUAAAAAAGAAAAUUUAAGCGGUGACUAACUUAAGAAAAAUUAAUAUGAUAAGUAAAUGAAUAUACAAGUAUAAACUUGUGGCAUAGUCCCUAGAAAUCAUGAAAUAUGAGCUAGUUAUUACACCGCCUAGCAAGAGUAAUAACUUCAGAUCCCCUAAAUAUCAUUAAUUAAUCAAAGAUGAUUUCUAGUUUCCUGCAUUUUCUGGAGAAACAACUGAAAUAUAUCUACUUGCAACCCUUAACACUUCUACCAUGCAUUCUGUUCCUGUUAUUCCUAUACAAAUGGCUUCAGUUAACAACUGUUUCUAGGAAAAACCUGCCACCUUCUCCGCCAAAGCUACCAAUUCUAGGCAAUAUACAUCAGCUUGGUACACAACCUCACCGUUCUCUCCGAUCUAUGUCCGAGAAAUAUGGAGAACUCAUGAUGAUUCAACUUGGAAGUAUGCCAACCAUUGUCGUCUCCUCAGCAAGAGCAGCUCGCGAGAUCAUGGUAACCCAUGAUAUUGCUUUUGCUAGCAGACCAAUGUCGAAGAAAGGAGAGAGGCUUCUGUACAAUUACAAGGAUAUUGUUGGAUCACCUUAUGGAGAAUACUGGAGGCAGAUGAAGAGUAUAUGUGUGCUUCACUUAUUAAGCAACAAAAGGGUUCGGUCUUUUCGCAUUGUCAGAGAAGAAGAAACAGCUUUUCUGAUAGAAAAAAUCAGACUAGCAGAGUCAUCACCUGUGAAUUUGAGUGAAAUGUUUGUGGAGUUCACGAAUGAUUUGAUAUGCAGAGUUGCAUUUGGAAGGAAGUACAUUGGGACAGAAGGCGGUAUCAACUUCAAGAAGAUCAUGAAGGAGUUUAACAGGUUGCUAGCUGAAUUCAAUGUUGGGGAUUGUAUUCCCUGGCUUGCUUGGAUUGAUAAACUUAAUGGAUGGGAUGCAAAAGUUGACAACAUUGCCAAAGAGUUUGAUCGAUUCCUCGAAAAGGUGGUUAAAGAGCACCAGGAUCGUUUAGAUGAAAAGGGUGACAGUGAUGAAAAAGUAAAGGAUUUUGUGGAUGUUCUGCUUGAUGUUCAGAAGGAUCAAACAGCUCACUUUCCUAUAGACCGAGACAGUGUAAAAGCUCUCAUUUUGGAUAUGUUUAUUGCUGGAACUGAUACAACUUCCACCUUAUUAGAAUGGGCAAUGACAGAACUACUGCGGCAUCCUAAAAGUAUGAAAAAACUGCAAGAAGAGGUCAAAGAAAUUACCGGAGAUGGUGUAGAUGUAACAGAAGACGACUUGGAGCAUAUGAAGUACCUGAAAGCAGUAGUCAAGGAGACUUUACGGCUACAUCUUUCAGUACCUUUGUUAAUACCUCGACAAUCAACCCAAGAUAUCGAAAUAUGUGGCUAUAACAUUCCUGCAAGAACAGGAGUUAUUAUAAACGGUUGGGCAAUCCACAGAGAUCCUGCUUCUUGGGAUGAACCCGAAAAGUUCAAUCCAGAAAGGUUCUUGAAUUCUACAACAGACUUCAGAGGACAUGACCUGCACUUCAUUCCAUUCGGAGCUGGUAGAAGGAUGUGCCCGGGAAUAUCAUUUGCUAUGGCAAGCAGUCAGCUAUUAUUAGCAAAUCUAAUGCACAAGUUCGACUGGAAGUUGCCUGGUGAAGCAGAAGGUGAGAGCGUGGACAUGAGUGAGAGCUUUGGGAUCACAAUGUGCAGGAAUACUCCGCUUUUUGUUGUAGCAAAAGCUAGUAUACCAGCUGCAGGAAACUGAAGGCUUUGAGUUUUUGGCAAGUGUUACGAAAAAAAAAAAACAUGAAUUAAUGCAAAAUAGAGAUCAAUCAAUUACUAUGUGUUUUAUGUAAUCAAAAGCUUAAAUCCCAAAAGGGUGGAGAUGACUGAAUGAAUGAAUAAUUUAUCUCCUAUA